GAACGAUUUGACAAUGGUUAGUUAAAUUGAUCUUUACAUGCGACCAAAUGUAAUGACAAUGUGGAUGAUCAUGAUGAUCGUGGUAAUAGUUCUCAUUGGUUUUGCGGCUUCCAUGUUGUCGCCUUGGUUGGUGAGAACGCCCCAAUGGUUACUAUUCCACCAACUCUUGAUAUCGUCAGACAUGAUCUCGUCGGUUUCCGUCAGCAUUUUUUGGACUUGUCUUGUCAUGGGAGUCUGGACAUCCGAGGGUUUUCAAAGUGAAAAUGCUUCAAGUUCGUCAACAAUGAACAAUCGACAAGGACGGCUCUUCAGCCUGUUCAACAUUGUGACGUUUAAACAAGGUGAAUGCACCGUGGUAUCUGAUACCACCAUGAGCGGUACUUGCAUGACUUCCACAGAAUGCGUCUCAAAUGGUGGUGCCGCUGAUGGGAAUUGUGCCUCUGGUUUCGGAGUAUGUUGUUCCUUUGUGGUGAGAGGUUGUGGAGGAACCGUCGCCCACAACUGCACCUAUAUUCAGAAUACUAACUUUCCAGCCACAGGCACGGGAGGAGAGACCUGCAAAUUUGGAUUCAAUAGAAUAUGUGAUAAUUUGUGUCAAAUUAGGUUGGACUUUGUUAAUCUGGUGAUGGCUCAACCCCCCACAAUCGGGCCAAUGGUUGAAGGGGAUUGUGCAACCAGCGGCGAUUUCCUAGCGGUAAAUAGCCCCACCGGAAAAUCGCCGCCAGUAACAUGUGGCACACUCACAGGCCAGCAUAUGUUUCUUGAGACUGGAUCGACUGGAGGGGCAGGUAGCAUUGACAUUACUUAUGGAUCUGCCACCUCUACGAGAACAUUCAAAGUCAAAGUGACCUUUUAUCAGUGCGACUCUUUGAACAAAGCCCCGGCUGAUUGUGUCCAAUAUUUCACGGGUGUGAGCGGCACUUUCCAAAGUUACAACUAUCAAGGAGGCCAGCUCAUCGAUAACCAACGAUAUGCAACAUGCUUUAGACAAGAAGAAGGAUAUUGCACCAUCCAAUACAGAGAAGACACCACAACGACUACUCCAGCUUUCGAUUUCUUCAUCACCGCCUCAACUGUCCCAACUGCAAUCCGAGAAGCAAAGGUACUGAUUAGGGUGCGCUAACCGCAUCUUUUCUUUAUGAAAGACUUGUAACGAAAAUUAGAAUCGUCAUCUGGUACUACUGCUGAGCGAAACAAAACAUCCUGUAGGAAAGAAUAUGGCUUGUUUAAGAUGGCUUAUUCAUGGUGAAAAUGCUCAAAGUUUCCAAAAGGAAGCCAAAGCAGUACAUAAGUUUUUACAGAUUUUGUGAAUAAUUGUUGUAAGAUCUAAAAUGUUGACAAAAAACACCGGUCGAGAGCAAACCUGGCCAUUUCUGACAUCUUCGUUGCUUUUCUCGCGUAAAAAGCUGAUUUAUUAAACCAAAAAAACGAUUUGAAACCAUGAGCCUUCAUUCAGAAAUCAAAAUCUGACUACCAAAACAUCAUUUUGAUGGGGACUGAGCACACAAGCAGCCCAGCUACUGAGUGGAAUUCUCAAGAACAGAAGAGCGGCGGAACUCAAAAACUUGAAAGUCAGGGGAAAACAAAAUUCCCAUUAGGUUGACUC